CAAAGCUUAUGAAAACAAUGACAUAUACAAAAAAAAACCAUUUAACUAUAUUUUAUAUUUUGCUAUAGAAAUAGCUUAUGCAAGGUUAUACACAAGCGCUUAUCAUGACAAGCAUUUGUGCUAUAAGAUGCAAAUAAGUUGUUUAUCUAAACAAAACUUUGGUGUCUUUUGAUUUUUGGAUAAACAACUUAAUUAAGAACUUAUGGCAUAAGCGCUUAUAUAUGUGGGUUUCUUUGAAUUAACUUAUUUGAGCUUAGCUAUUGAUAUACGCAUUUUGAGACUGUUUGGGAGAGCUUGUGGCAACAUCUUAUUUCUAUAAACUGUCAAGGAUAUAGCCUAUAUGAAAAACAAUUUGACUAUAUUGUAUUUUUUUAUUAUAUAUAAAUAGUUUAUUUAUAAACACUUAUAUGAUAAGUACCUAUGAUAUAAGUGCUUAAUUAAGUUGUUUAUCCGAGGUUAUUGUUGAUAUUUAUUUCAUCAAGGUUUCAAAUCUUAUUCUCGGAAUAUGCUGUGAAAGACUCCUGAUUCCUUUUUGGUUCUUUUUCUGUGUUGUGUUGCUGUUAGUAAACCUAUGUAUGCUUCAGGACAAAUUGGUAGGGUUAUGUUUAAGACAAAACAAAUGUGGACUACUUUUAGAGCUUGCUUUUUGGCAUCUAUUCUUCUAUUCCUUGACCCUAAUUGGGAAUUUAUGCUUUUUACAAGUUGCAAUUUUAUUUUUUUGUAAUUUUGCUUUUGGUUGCUCAAACUUCUUUUUUGUUUUAACCGUCUAAUUCCUAGGGGAAAGGGACCCGAUUAAUUUGAAAUUUGUCUCGAAGAUAAAUAAAUUCUGGUAAAUAAUUGUUUUAGUCACGGAUUAAACUUGGAUUCUCCUGAUUGAUUUGAUCUUAACUAAAGUUCAUUAACCCCUCAAGUUCAACCACUUGCCCGAUUGAUCAAACUUUUUCAUGCUUGUGUUGUUUUUUCUUUUUCAUUACACUGGUUUAGUAACAACUUCAUCAAUCGCGUUAUGGAUACUACAGCAGGUCCAAGUCUCUAUCCAUUGCACCAUAGCAAAACUAUUCACCUGGUUAGGCAUGCCCAAGGAGUUCAUAAUGUGGAAGGAGAGAAGAACCAUGAUGCUUACUUAUCGGACGAUCUAUUUGAUGCAAACCUUACCCCUCUUGGCUGGAAGCAGGUUGAAAAUCUGCAAAAGCACGUGAAGGCUAUUGGACUUUCUGGAAAAAUUGAACUAGUUGUGGUUUCUCCAUUGUUAAGGACAAUGCAAACAGCAGUUGGAGUCUUUGGUGGGGAAGCACAUACUGAUGGAACUAAUGAACCUCCUUUGAUGAUUGAAAAUGUGGGACAUAGUGAUCAUCCUGCAGUUUCUAGUCUUAACUGCCCACCUUUUGUUGCAGUAGAGCUUUGCCGAGAGCAAAUGGGUCUCCAUCCUUGUGAUAAGAGAAGAACUGUCACUGAGUACCGACACUUGUUUCCAGGAAUUGAUUUUUCAUUGGUCGAAACUGAUGAGGACACUUGGUACACACCUGAAAGAGAGAAGAAAGAAGAAGUUACUGCUAGGGGACUGAAGUUUUUGGAAUGGUUGUGUACACGUAAAGAGAAGGAGAUAGCUGUUGUUACACACAGCAGUUUUCUGUUUAAUACUCUAAGUGCUUUUGGAAAUGAUUGUCACCCAAAUAUUAAGACUGAAUUGUCUGCACACUUUGCUAAUUGUGAACUACGUUCGAUGGUUAUCAUGGAUAAAGGUAUGGUUGGAUCAAAUAGUUCAACUACCAACUAUCCUGGCAAAAUUCCUCACGGUCCGGAUCUUCCUAGUGAUGCUACUGACUAACUAAAGAAACAUCAAUUCAAGGAAUGGGCUGACUGACCAAAUAAUUGUUCCUCUCACUGGAUAGCCUGUAACAGUCAUGAUGAUUGAUUUUUUGGUCGCAUUUACAGUCAAACAUUUUUAUUCUUUAGGAACAAAUUAUGUCUGUAAGAAAUAUUAUUAAAUUCCUUAUACGAGGGGGUAAGUAAAUAAACAAUAGUGUAAACAACAUUGUGAGCCUGCUAUGAAACUAUUACUUGAGAUGGAAAUCAGAUUUCUAGUUUUUUAACUAGUGCUGAGCUAUCUCUAAAAUGAGCAACUCCAAAAAAUCAGACUCAAAUUCCUUUUUUAGGCAAA